AUGGCAUCUUCCUCCGCUUGGCUUGUCCUCUUCCUGGGGAUCGGGUUCACUGGCGCCCUGGAUUUAAAUAUCCAAGCAAAUAGCAGCAAACUCCUGACGGUUCUCGACACAUCUGCUCCGGUCCAAGAGUUACUAUACCACAUCGAUGUGUGGCGAAAUGAGGCAGCCUCCGUGGCUCUGGAAUCUCCUGCUCCUUCCAAUCUGGAGUCCGUCAUUCGCUCUGAAGUCGGUGGAGAUUGGGAAAGGGGUCGGCUCGUCCUACAAUUGGCGAAUCAAGCGAGGACCGUAGAACUCAAGGAGGCCAUUUACACAGCUCUCUGGAAAGAGCUUCAGCAGACCAAGCAGAUAUACGAUCCCUCGAAGAUCCUGGACUUUUAUGACCAGCUGUCUCUGCAUAGUGAUGUACCACUUCAACUGAUGGAACUGAUCUAUCGUGCCUUUAUCAAUCGCAGUGCUCAGUUGUUGGAGGCUCCAUUUCACACAAACAGUCGAGAUGCCACUUUUCCGUUGGUAAGCUCUCUGGCCCAUCGUCUAACAUUCAGCACUUUGGAUUAUCUGAGGGACAUACUUGAAGUUCUCUACGAUGCUGUUUUAGCACUCGAAACGCCUUUGAGUGUAGUGCAGCGGCUGGGCAACUUUACGGCCAGCUUGACGCAGUUGGCUCAAGCCAAUCUGCAAUUACUUGGCAGAGAGGAGCUCAAACGGGGAGAUCCGCUGGUGCACCAGGCUUUGCAGAGCAACCUUAGAAAUUUACUGGAGCAGCCUGGUUUCGAGCAAGAAGUGGAGUCCUCCCUUCAAGCAGAGAUCUAUGCACACCUUCCCAAGGAUGAGCAACUCCUGUACACCGCUCGGAAGGUUUGCAUCCGCAAUGUAACCGAUGGGAAUUCCUACAUAUACGAAUGCCCGCAGACGUAUCUGAUCUGCAGUAACGUUCGAGAUUCUAAGAAGGCUGCCUAUUUCAUCCAACGUGGGCACAGCAGUGACAGCCGGCCGCAGUUUGCCUUCUACAGCGCGUUCUGGCGGAAUCGCUACAUUCUGAUGGAACCAGCUAAUGCAGCAGCGCAUAAUGCCACUAACUCGAUCACCAAAAACGUUUACAGCCGCACCAACAUUAACUGGUGGCGUGUGGUAUAUGGAAACGGAGGCAUCUCCUUGUACGAUGCAGCCACCGAGAAAUCCGUCCUGUGCGGUGGGGACCCAUUGCACUGGGAUGGCGAGGAGCAUCAUGUGUACACCCGUCAUGCAUCGGAGUUUGCAGCUCAUCAGGCGGAGUGCACUUGGGCUUUGGAAGACUGCAGCGAAGCCGCUUAGCUGGAAGUGAGAAGCGACGGUGCAGCCUCAAUUACUUUAAAUUAUAACUAUGUUUAUUUUGACUAAAAAGGCACAUGAGAAAA